UCGGUCAAACAAGAAAUUUAAAAUAAAAGCCACAUUGUUGGCAGCGCUUUAAUAUCAUGUCCACCGUCAGAAAGGCCAACGGUUUAACCAGUUCCAAGAAACGCUCCUUGGGGGACCCUCUGGAGCGUAGUUACCGCCAAAAGGUGAAGGCUAUUCGCGGCCUGACCGCUCGGCAGGCGAGCGCCAAAGACCUCGACCUGUGCGCCAAGUGGAUGUACGUCUUCAGUCGCGCCACCAAAGAGGAGGGCCAGGCCAGGGACUACCUCUUGGAGCAGAUGCUGCGGCAGCUGAGGGAAUCGGGGCACCUGUCGCUGCCCUUCUGCAACCUGGCUAACUGCAAUCUCGAGCUGCGCCUGCUGCUUGACGAGGAGGGGCGUCAGCGGUUGCAUCGUUCCUGUCCGCCGCAGGUGGUGGCCCCAAAACCCUCGAGCAGCAGCCUGGCCAGGAGGAGGAUCCAGGCGGGUCCGUUCGAGUGGCGCAGGAGGGUGCAGCACCUGGACCUUCUGGAAAAUCAGUACUGGCGCGAGGAGCAGGAGAUGUGGAACCUCGAGCUCCCAUCCGAGGAUUGUCCGAGACCCAAGCCGCCGCCCAUACUGGUCAAACCAAAGAAAGUGGCCAAGACCCUGGGCAUUCAGGUCGAUGUCCAAGAGCUCUCGCCGCGGGCUGAGCGUGAUCUCUGCGAACGUGAGCGCAAGCAACGGGAGAUCCUGAAGCGGCGUGAACGGGAUCGCGUGGAGCGCCAGCUCAGGGAGCAGAAGCGGCAGCGGCACCAGGCUUUGCUCGCCGAGCAGCAGAAGCAGGACCGUCAGCGCCUGGAGAAGGCGCGUCAGCAGCGCGACCGGCGGGUGCGGGAGCAGCAGCUGAAGGUCAAGGAGCGGCGCGACUACGAGCGCUGCCUGCUGCUUAAAAAGCGUGAGGAGCAACGCCUGCAGGAACCGAGGUCGUUAGCUCAGCGACGACCUUACUCGCCUUCAUCAGAGGAUGUAGAAUUGGUGCAGGCUGUCGGGCAACACCUGCAGAAGGACCUCAAUCAGGAACCCAAACGCAUACCAGAGUUCAGGCAAAGGUCCGAAUCGGCAAUGACAUUGCCAGCCGACUCUGAAGGCACCAAAAGUUCUAGACGUGACCAACAGCUGCACCUUCGGGCGGAAAACAUAAAACGAAAAGUGUUGGCCUAUGAGCGGCUGAAGGAAUACCAUCGCAAAAGAGCUUGGGCCGAGCGGGAGCGACAGCUUAGGAAGCGGGAGUUGAAGGAGCCAGGCGUGGAGAUCGAAGCUCUCCAAGUGAAAAAUCCCGAAGAAGCCCAAAGCCUGGCAAGAAGUGUGAUGGAAGCCCUGGAAAGCAAGAUGUUUGUUCAAAAAGAUUCGAAAAAGAAAAUGUACACUGAUGGAAAGGAAGACGUCGAAAGAACGAGCGAACUGGAUCACAAAAGACUCCAAGAACUCCAUGGAAGAGAGGACCUUGAACGAAAUAAUUUAGAAAAACAGGAAACAAUUGAUCGAAAGGAAAGGAACAAAUGUCAAAGGAAGAGGCAUCAGGAUACAAAGUAUAAAAAAGAAAGCAAGGCCGAAACAUAUCAAAAGGAAGACUUCGUAAAAAAUUCGGAAGGUGAGAUAAAAACCCACAAGAACUGUCAAAAUAGGGAAGGUAUUGGACAAGAAGUAUUCGAUAGAAAGCGAGAACAGGAGCUUCGAGCUUUGGAGGAUCGACGGGAAAGGGAAGAGAUUGAAAGAAAAGUAAUCGAAAGACUGGAAUCUAAACGAAAGGAACGGGAAGAUUUUGAACCAAAGAGGCAACAAGAACUCAGAAGUCUAAAGGAACGCCAGGAAAGAGAAGAGUUCGAACGAAAAGAGUUGGAAAAACGACUUGAAAAAGAUCGGAAGGAGAAGGAGGACUUGGAAAGAAAACGGGAGCAGGAUCUUAAAAGGGUUAGGGAGUGGGAAGAGUUUGAAAGAAAGGUUUUGGAAAAACUAGAAAACGAGCGAAAAGGAAGAGAAGAUUUUGAAAGAAGGGCAUGGGAGGACCGUCAGCGGGAAGAAAGAACAAUUGAGGAACUCAAAGCUUCUCUCAAGGAGGUAAAAGAGCGUGAAAUUAGGCGUGCCGAGGAACAGGAAAGAAUAGCACGCGAAAAACGGGAACUUGAAAGACGAGAGCGAGAAGAGUGCGAGAGGAUGGCCAAGGAAGAAGAGCUCCUUAGGGAAAGAAGACUUUUAGAAAAGCUCAAGCGGAAGAAGAGCGAGAGGGAAGAGUUGGAAAGGAAAGCCAGAGAAGAAGAUCUCAAAAGGGAGCAGAUUCUGAGAAGAUGGCUUGAAAUGCAGGAGGAAGAAGAGAAGAGGGAAGCAAAAGAACGUGAAGAACAGCAGGAAAGGUUAGUUGAAGAAUGCGGAAAAAGAAUCCAAGAGACUGAGGCUGAGAGAAAGGUCAAAGAAGAUCUGGAUCGAUCGAAAGGGGAGGCACUAUUAAAGGAGCGGCAGGAGCAGGAAAGGUCCAAGCUGGAGGAGAAGCGCUUGCGUAAAAUUGCAGAGGAAAAUAUUGUCAUUGAAGAAGAGGAAGAGCAGGUCCUUCGAGAAAAGCUGAGUCGAGAGCAAAAGGAUUGGGAUCACAGAAUAGAGCACCUAAGGCAGAGUAGGGAGAAAGGUAUCCAGGUGGAAAGUGAAACCUGGGAGGCAGCUUGGAAACUGAAGAAACACCUAGAGAGACGACUGGAUCUUAACCGAAAUGAUGAGAUCCGGCAAAGUAAGUCCGUGGUCACAAAGUCUCGAUCUCAAGUAAAGUCAGACAAGGACAUGGAGCCAAGGAAAAUUAAGGGAAAAUCAAAGAGCCACACCCAGAAUGUGUUAUUCGAGAAUCCUCCGGCAGAUAUGAAGAACCCGGGUUCAGCCCGCAAGGAUGUCCUCAACCGGGUACACAAGCUGGAAAAGAAAAAUAGCAUGUUUAACGAAGAGAUCCAGGUGCCCGAGGAGCUGCGCUUGGAUGCAGGGCAACUGUCUGAACAGAGCCACUUGACCAGAGCUCCCCAGAGAAGGUCUUUAACGAAGGUCCAUACAGUGAAUCCUGAACAAACGCCAAAGGAAGCAUGCGACGAGGACUGGAAUAAUCGCCAACGCGGAACCCAAAAACCCGGAGGAAGUUCCAGCCAUGAGUACUUUGAUCCAGGGUCCUUGAAGUCUCGCAGCGAACGAUGGGCUCGCUUCAUGGGCAGUGAAGAGAAAUCCGAGUCGGAAGAUCUUCCAAGGCAGAGACGCCAUCCCGGCAGUUCCUCCAGCGCCGAAAACCAUCGGAUUUCGGAGCCUCGUUACUCCCUGGUGGGAAGGUACUGUCCACAUAAGAAAAGCUAUACGGUGGAACAGCAGAAUGUUCCCCCGUCCCCAUAUGGAAACCCCGAGCAGCGGGAAGCUUAUGGCUCCUAUGUUCGCAAUCGCGUGGCCGAGUGGCGCAAAAUGCUUGGACCCAUAUCAUCUUCCGGCGACGAAGAACUUGGGGAGGAGCGUCUAAGAGGUGGAGGAUUAGCAGGUGACGUGGGCUUGACUUACUGCACACGGACCGGGAAGAAGCGAUAUCCCCAGAUCAAACAACCUGACCCGAGCGGAGAUCAAUUUGGGUUAAAAGAAAACCGCGUCCAGCAAAGAAGGGUGUUUAGGGAGCUUCUAACGCAAGCUCGGACAUCUGAUUACCAUCCGGACAUAUUGGAUGCCGAAAAUUGCCUUUUAGAGAAGAAAUUGUCGGAGGGCAAAGACAAGGCCACAAACCAUUACGUCCAGGAAUCAAUUCUGUUGGUAGCAAGGCGUCUAAUCAAUAUGUUCCAAGGAUACGAAGCUUACGCCAGUUCCGAAGAAGACAAUGAAUCUCAGGGAAGCGAAGCGAUAGAGCAAAUUUAUCUACAGGAGAUCGAGAGCAGGAUGAAGCUUCCCAGGCCAAUCUUUAAAACUUUGAUGGAAGUUUUGUUUUUAUCUAAGGAACAUUUUAUGACCCAUUUAGUUGAAAAAAUUAGCACUUUGGAUGCUGAGAUAGCGGUGCAUCUGCAAAAGAUUUGCAAGCGCGUCUUCUGUCGACAAGGUGCGGAGAUCCUGCGACGUAAUGCGGAGCAGCUGAUGGCUCAAGAGCGGCACCUACAAAGCCGCCACCUGGCGGAAAUGUGUCGGGAUUCCGAGGAGGAGACUCUGCGGCAGUGGAGGCGGUUGCCCAGGAACUCCCUGCUCGUGAUCCGGAGUCUCUUCCACGAUUAUUGCGACAUGCGCGACGCUCUGCCACGUGUAACCCUCGAGACCAUCGAGAGACUUUACGGUGAAUGGAAGGCCCGGAGGUUUACUGUCGAUUAGAAACGUGCUUCUGAUAUGGUCCGGUUUAAUUUUUGCUAUUUUUCAUUUAACUUUUUCAAUGUUUAAUGGUUCCAGUUCGUGUUGAAUUACAAAAUAUCCUCUGUUUCCGUUAUU